CCCACCGGAUGUGACGUCAACACACGGCGGCUCUUCAGGCUGACAAUAAACAGGAGUUUAUCGUGUAAUAUAAUUCUUUCUCCGUGCGGUUUAUUUCAUCAGCAGCAUCAUGUCUGGAGAUCUGGAUCUGUCUCCUCCGGAAGUUCCUGAGCCAACACUCCUCGAGAGUCUUCUGCGUUACGGUCUCUUCUUAGGGGCCAUUUUUCAGCUUAUCUGCAUUUUAGCCAUAAUAAUACCCUCAUCCAAGAGCCACGAGCAGGUAGAGACCCCGGAGCCGGUUGAUUUGCGAGGUUUUGAGCAGAACAAGAAGCCAAAGGCACCUGUUCAACAAAUCCGACAGAAACUGAAAAAGGAGAGCAAGAAAAAGCGCUAGAAACACCGAGUGAAUGAAUGUGUGGAUGAGAUUAAAGGUUCAGUGUUCAUGGAUUUGAUUUGAUGCUGUAUGUGUAUUUACAGGAGGGAUUUCUUCACUGCGCUCUACGAACAUCAUGAAUUUUUCUGUUGCCUUCUCAACUGAACAGUGUUUUAUAUGCAUCUUUGUUUAUAAUAUUUUGUGCUUGUUUUAUGGUUAAGUAAAUAAAUAAACUGAAAACUUGUUGUUUUUA